GUGCGACAUGGACACAGUCGAGGGCUGUGGACUAGGCUCAGUCGCCCCGUUACUCUUGCGUGCCUAUUCUCUCAGAUCAGGGCUAAGGGAACCGGGAACACCGGACUCUCGCUUCAGCUUCAGCAAUAUUUGCAAGUGUAGCUGAAGGAAAUCGGAUCGGAGAGUGAUAAAUUAUGCCUUGCACUGCAAUUGGGCUUCCGGUCACAGCAUUAGAUGUGACAGAAAAUUACAUUUUAGCAGGUGAAGGCCCAUAUCUCCACUUGUAUGACCUUUCUGCUGGACAGUCUUCAAGGGUUAGCUGUAAAGUUCUCCAUCACCAAGUAAUUCAUGGUAUAAGAAAAGGCCAUGGAUGCAUAUUUGUUGUGUUCGGGCAGAAGGCAAUCAACUUCAUCAGGAUAGAUUGGAGAAACAAAAGCAUAUGUGUACUCAAUAAAGUUCAUGAAGUCACAGACUGGAUAUGGGACGUAUGCUGGCUGCAGUCAGAUGACCUGAAUGACCGGCCUGCAUCCAAUGACCGUUCCCCCCAAGAUGGCUGCCAAGGAGAGAAGAAGAGACCUCUGUCAGACGGCUCCCUUUGCAACACCUCAGUGGCCAUUGCAACCGGCCACAAUGCUGUUCUUUUGUGGGAUGUUACUAAGAGAUGUAUCGUAACGACUGUUCACUGCCAAGAAAACUGUAUUCUGUACUGUGCAAAGUUCAUAGGUCAAACCUGGGGUGACCUGGUGUUGGCUGCUGGUACGGUCUUCAACCAGGUAGUAUUCUGGCGCCCUCAAGGUCCCAAAGAUGCGUCGGGGCGUGUUGUAGUCGAUCACCGCUCCAAGGGACAUCAGGGAGUCAUCUUCAAUAUCACAUACAAUGCAGAAUUAGGACUGCUGGCCACCGUCUCUGAUGAUCGCAGCAUCCGCUUGUGGCGCUACCACCAUCCUUUUAGAGAAUCGGGAGAAAGACCCCACGAGGCUGAGCGUGUGCUCUAUGGACACAGUGCUAGGGUCUGGUGUGCUGAAAUUCUCAGUGAUAAGAUUGUUAGUGUUGGAGAGGAUGCCACAUGCUGCAUCUGGAACAUGGAUGGAGAAAUAGUGCAGAAACUCAAGAGUCACAAGGGCAAGAGCAUUUGGAGUUUAGCAGUACAGAAAGAGGGAUCAUUUGUGGUGACAGGGGGUGGAGACAGCAGUAUAAGAAGAUGGUCUCUACAGAACAAGAAACAUCAUGCAUCAGCCGAUACAGCUACCUCAACCUGGGAUGUCCAGAGAGACGUCAAGACACUUAUAGAGGUUCGAGAAGGGGUCAAGGAUGUAGUGGACGCAGACCUGGUACCCAGGACACUGGCCAUUACAUCUAGCGGUCAGCUACUGGUCAUGACACAGGGAGGAUAUUUGUUUAGUUGGUCCAAUAUUUCAUCAUCGUACCAUCUGGUGUUGCACGAUGAUAAUUACCGGUCCUACAGCGUCAUGGCUUCGGCACCAUCAUCACCACUGGUUGCUAUGGGCAACAUCCAUGGCACACUCAAAGUCAUCUUACUAGAUGACCAUUCAACUAGUGAAAGUGAGAUCAAGGCAUCUGAUGGUAAUGUUUUUAACGUCACUUGGGCUACCAAUGAGGACUUAUUCUCAACUGGGAUGGAUGGAAAGUUGACCUGGUGGAAAGUUAGAAAGAGCCCUUCACUAGCCUUACAUGCCCAUGCUCACUUCACUUUGCCCCCGUGUAAGCAGCGUUGGGCUACCUCGGUCACUCUCUUUGGAGAGGAUCAAUUUGUGUGUGGAGAUAGGAGGGGAUCAGUUCAUCUCUUUCAGCGCAGCCACCUUCAGAAUGAUAGGCCUGGACCAAAGAGCUCAGUUCCUGGAAUACACGGCAGAGCUGGGACCUCGUUCGUCUGUCAGCAUGAUGGAUCAGUGUACAGUGCUGGAAGGGAUGGGACGUAUCGUCAGUACUAUAUCACAGACAGAGGAGAGAUGAGACUGGAAAAUACACAUAAGGUAUACAAGGGAUUUGAGUGGUUGGAAAAGCUUGUUUUCACAGAGGAUGGCAAUCUUCAUGUAAUGGGAUUCCAUUCAGUUAACUUUGUAGUAUGGAGUACGCUGAACAACGAAGCCUUACUAACGGUACCUUGUGGCGGGGGUCAUAGGUCAUGGGACCUUUCCCCAUUAGACGAUGGUUCUAUGACCUUUGCAUGCAUCAAGAUGAAACAGCUCCUGGUACACAGCGUGUCGUCUGCUGCUUGGCAACGCCAGACCAUCCUUAAGGAUGACAUCCAUGGAAGGGAAAUCACAUGCAUCAAGUUCUUAAGAACUGUCCAGAUCGCAGGUCAAGAUCAUCAUGUUUGUGUGACAGGAAGUGAAGACACAAAGGUCAAUAUUGUGUCCUUCUCAUCACCACGUUCAAGUGUAGAUCCUAGCUCGAGUUCAGCAUUAUUAGGAGAUAUCAAUGUUCUUCAUCGACUCCAUGCCCAUGUUUCAAGUGUGAGGGCGCUAGCAGUAUGUCACUCGAGCAGCUCGACGGACGAGAUGUUAUUGUUCUCUGUUGGUGGUCGAUACUCCAUGAAUUGCUGGAAAGUCAAGUUCUGUCUUGAGGCAUCCAACAUACCCUCCCUCAAGCAGAUCUCCUCAGUCCGCCAUCUUGUCUCGCACUCCUCUCUCAUCACGACGAGAUCGAGACAGAAGCUGAGACAGCGGGAGAAGCUGAUUGACGACCCAGAGACCAGGUUUCUGGGCGUGUCAGUCUGGAGGAGGGGUGGUGAUGUGGAGGGCGUGUCUCCUGGCACUGGUGGAGGUCAUGUCAUGAUGUGUGUCGCAAGCUCUGAUGCUUUCUUGAGGUUUUUCUGCUUUGAUGAGGACACAUGCAAGAUAACUCCUCUAGGCAGUAGUAACAUGCAUGACUGCUGUCUCCUGUGUGUGACCUCUAUAAGGUUGACCUGUGAUCCCGAGGUCAAGGCAAGGGUCAAACCUAGGACGAUGGUAUUGACAGGUGGAACCGAUGGACGUAUUCUUGUGUGGGAUGUGCAGGAAGUAGAGUCUCAAGCAGAUAAGCUCACCAUCGAUGCCUCCAUAUGUGAUGAUGAAGAAGAGAAGGAAGAUGAGGAGGAGGAUGAGGAGGAGGAGGAGCGGAUAGUUGGUGCCGCCGCAAGAAGUCAGAACAACAUUGAGAAAGAGUUUAACAAGACUGCAAAGACGAGAAGAGGGAUGGAGAUAGAUGAACCAAAGAAAGCAGCAAUGAGAGAAAGGAGGAAGGUGGAGAAUGAAGCAGUUAUACAAUUACACCAUGGCAACCAUAAACCAAGUAACGCUGCAGGCAACGAGACAGUGUCUUCUAGUAUCGGCUCAUCUGGAGCCUGUCAAAGUGCAAUAGAGAAUGAUGCAGCUCAAUUAGAUAAACAUCAUAUUUCCGUCACGCAGGGAAGAGAAGGGGGAGCAGGAGGAGGAGGGAUUGAUGGGAAGCCCUCCCAUCAGGGUACAUCGUCAAGUGGCUCUAGUAGUGCAGAAAGGACUAGUGGGUGUCAUAGAACUCAGGGUCAUUCCUCUUCUACAGCUACCAGUCUUUCUUAUGAUGGAGAGGAGAAUAUCCAAAGUGUUUCCAUGGUAACGCAAGCUGAGUCACCAACAGCAGAAGCUGCAGCAUCUACCAUCCAAUCCAGUACUAGUGAUGUUCAGUCGAUGCACACCAGACAUACCGGACACUCAAAGGAAAGGUCUGUGCAAUCUAAGGAGACAACGGCCGGGCUUGUGACCUCUGACCCUGUAGGAGGUCAUGACACAGGGUCAGUAGGUCAAAUGGUGUCAUCAUGGUCUGCUCAUCAAUCAGGGAUCAAUGCAUUAGCAUUACACCUCGUUAAGGAUGACAAGUUUGUGGUUGUCAGUGGUGGUGAUGAUACUGCCAUAACAGUCACCCUUGUGAACCUCAGCUCAUCAAUCUGUACUGGGGAUGAGGCAAUGACAGGUGCAGUCCUGGAUACAUGCAAGAUACCCAAAGCUCAUGCUACUCAGAUCACAGGAAUCCGCUUCAUCCAACUGGAACAUACAUUCCUCUCCGUAUCUGUGGAUCAAAGGUUGAAUCGAUGGAGGCUCAAGCUGUCUGUAGAUUAUCUCAAGAUAGAAGAGGUGAAGAUGGUGUCUUCAAGCUUUGUUCAUGUCUCUGAUAUUGCUGGGCUGGACACGUGGAAUGAAGGAUCAACAAGUCAGCAGUAUGCAGUGGUCUGUGGCCAGGGUCUUCAACUUAUGGACAUUUCAAGUAAUGAAGAAGAAAGUGAAGUCAGAUGAAAUAGGACACUGGAAACCAGACACUCCUCUGCUUUCUCCUUAGUUCAGAUUCCUGUGAAAGCGUAUCUGGACAACUACCCCCCGGACAACUACCCCCCAGACAACUAACCCCUAGCAUAGUAGUCCGAGGGGUAGUUGUCCUAGAGGAUGGGUGUCGUAGGGGUUAUUGUAUAACAAAAAGAGGGUAUAUAACUGAUGUUAAAAUAAUAUUUACAUAAGCAAGCGACAUAUGCUAUAAGUCUUUUGGAGAUUAAGAAAAAUAAAAGGUCUAUUUUAGAAUGUAUUUUUCAUUAAAUUUUUAUUAAACUUUCCUGCCGGAUUGAUUACUGAUAAUUACAUUCAUUGUCCAACAAUUUUGAAAAUUUGCUUUACGCAAGCAUGACAUUUAACACAGUAAGUUCAUAUAAAAUACUAAAAUGAUAAUCAUGGGAACACAAACAAUGAAUACUUUUUGCACAUCAAUUUUUAAUCAUAAGUUGUGUUUUAUGACUUAAAUUCUAAGAAAUCCAUGUUUAUAUGGAAUGGUACACAAUGUAUUAACAAGUAAUUCCUUUUUUCCCAUUUGAUGUUACAAAGGGGAAUGGCUAUGUAGGUAAUAAUUAUAACUUGUCCUUGCCAUACGAUAUUUGACCCCUGCUAUAAGUAUGCCAAAGCAAUGACCUCAUUAAUGAUGUGAAUUCCUUGACCAGGCCAAAUGAACCAUUGUAUACCGUACUAUUCUGUAAUAAUGUUUUAUAAUGUCUAAAUCAAAUACACAUAUAUUUAGCAGA